AUGGCAACAAAGAAAUUUUCAUCUCUUCUAUUACUUUCUUUGAUGGUGUUUGCUCUCAUCAUUUUGCCCAUUGACUCAGCCUUUCCAGGAUUAUAUUACAAAUGUAUGGUGGACGGAUGUACACUCACACCAGCAUGCGCGGCAAAAUGCAAGUCUAUGGGAUUCCUUAGAGGAGGUGAAUGUCGAAUUUAUAGUUAUGGUGGUGCUUGUUGCUGCGAAUGCACUGAUAAAUCAUGUAUAAAUAUCGUAUCUAGUCCUUGUCCUUACUAA